AUCAAUAGAAGAGGGGGUCAGCAUAGUCAUCUCAUUAUCAUUGGAGGUCAGAGUCAGCAGUCAUCUCAUUAUCAUUGCAAGGUAUUAGAGUUAACGACAUCACUCUUGUACGGCUGGAGGGCAGUUCAGUAAGACUAUAUAUUAUAGACAGUGCUCACAGAUAAGGCUCGGGGUUCAGCUCCCUGGUAUCUACUCCUUCUCUUACUCUAUGGACACUUUUCUGUCCGGAGCUGCGUUGUCUGCACAGUGUGUGCCUCCAAUAUGGCUGCCUCUGAGGAAGCAUAUUAAAAUAACUCAGGAUUACAGCAUUGAAAUAUGUCCAGGGCGCGGUCCUUGUGACUUCCUAUUGACAAGUCGGUUAAUAAAGUCUCCGUUUUCUUGAUCUUCUCAUCUUCUUUAUUCUGAUAGUGUUAAUGAUAUUUCUUUCAUGUCACGGGGCCGUGGGGACAAGUAGGUGCCAAUUGUAUCCGCAGCCAUGAAGGAGACCGAUAUUACCCUCAGCGAGGUGGACAUCAUCCGGUGUCUUUCAUCAUCUCGCUCCUCUGUGGCCUCAAAUCAAAAUCACAUUCAAAACAAAUCCAACGCUUCCCGUAAGAAGAAGCCAAAUUCUCAGGCGUCUGUUAUAAUGAGUCUCCUGAGGGAACGCGUCUUCUUGUCAGAGCAGAAAUUACAUAAUGACGGCCCGGGUUGUCCUGAAGGAGGAAGGGAUUGGACAAGUCUCCCGAGGUUUCACCAGAUCUACCAGGAAUAGAAUUGUCCAUUGGACACCAGCCCAGAAGAAUUCAGUCAAUUUCACUCAAUUAUCACAUUAGAGUAAAUGAAUUAUAUUGUCACAAGCGGUUAAUUGACCGACUCACAUCAUCAUGAGGAUGCGAUAUAAAUGAGGCGCCGCUGCUCGCUGUACUUGGAGGCGCCGCUCCUCCAGGUCCUCGCACACAUCUGUCUCAUCUUUCUCCAGGAAGCCUACGUCCUCCCGAUGAGGUUAUCAAAGAUCCUGGUCUUUCUAGCGCUCAUCACAGGGGUCCAGGAAUCUUCCCAAAACCGAUGUCGCCUGGAGAAUCAAAGUAUAGAGUCCUUCUCAUCUCCAGGAGACAUCGUCCUCGGAGUCAUCACCCUGAUCCAUUCCACGAUUUAUCAACCGCAUGAGAUGUACGAGAAGAAACCACAAGAAGCGUCCUGCGAAGAUUUCCUCAUCAGAUAUUACAGAGACGUCUUAGCCGUGAUGUUUGCCGUAGAGCAGAUUAAUGAGAAUGCUCAUCUCCUGCCGAACCUCACCCUGGGGUUUCAUAUCUUUGAUUCCUGUGUUUCUGAGGCCAGAGCCAUCCAGGCCACCUUGAUGAUUCUCUGGGAGGAAAAGGGUUCAUAUUAUGAGUCCAUUCAAAGCUGGAAGGAUCCAUUUUUGGCGGGGAUUAUAGGAGAUUCCAUGUCAACCUUGUCCAUGCCCAUCGCCAGGAUUCUUGGUCCAUGUCAUUAUCCACAGAUCAGUUUUGGGGCUUUUGAUCCAGACUUAGGUGAUAGAGAUCAGUUUCCCACGUUCCUACGUACUGUGCCCAAUGAGAACAUUCAGAAUAAAGCCAUCUCACAGCUGUUGAAGCAUCUCGGAUGGACAUGGGUGGGCAUCUUGACCAGAGAUGAUGACCUGGGGGUACUAGAUGGACAACAUUUGAAAGAAGAGAUCCAUAGUCAUCAAGGUUGUGUGGCUUUCCUGGAGAAGAUUCAUUACCGUUACCCGAUGGAUAGAAUCAAGAAAAUACACAACAUUGUAAUGGACUCUACAGCAGUGGUGGUCGUGGUGUAUUGUGAGGAAAUGCACAUAAAGCCUCUUCUGGACAUGAUGUCUAAGGCUGAGACAAAAGGGAAGAUUUGGGUCUAUACCCUGAGCUUCACCUUUAUUCCAGGCAUCUUCUCGAAAAGAACCUCCAUGUUACUGAAUGGUUCCAUUGGUCUUGUCCUCCAUAGCGAGCCUCUGCCUCGGUUUGAUGGCUACCUCCAACAGAUCCACCCAUACAAAAACUCUGAAGACAUCUACAUAAAGGAGUUUUGGGAGGUGGCGUUCGAUUGCAGCUGGCAUCCCGAUGAUCCUUCUGCUAAUGACACAGAAAAUGUUAUAUACUGCACCGGGGAGGAGGAUUUGGAGAACAAGGUGGAGUCUUUGUUUGAGCUCGGGGAUCUGAGUUACACCUUCCAGGCUUAUAUCGCAGUCUAUGCCUUCGCUUAUGCUCUUCACAACCUCCUGCACCAUAUGAGCCCAAGACUGAAGUCCGGAAGCUGUGGAGAAAAACAUCUGCUGCCCUGGCAGGUUUACCGUUAUCUGAAAAGAAUUUCCUUCACGACUUCUUCAGGAGAUGAAAUAUUCUUUAAUGACAUCGGUGAGAUUCCGGCCACGUUCGAUAUAAUGAAUCUUCAGAUUUUUCCUAAUAAUGAUUACAGAUUGGUGAAGGUGGGGAGAUACGACUCCUGGGCCACAACGAGGGAGGCGAUCUCACUAGAUAUCGGGGCUGUCGUCUGGAACCAGGAAUAUAAGGAGAAAGUGUCGGCUAACAAUCCACAUCCCCCGGAGGAACUGACGGAGAACAUCACAAACGCCAUCCGCAGCAUCACAAGCCGUAUCAGCCAACAUAACCCGACCUGCCCAGAGAUGCUGACACCUGAAUGGGGACCCUUUUCUGCAUCUUUUCUGACUUGUAGGUUCCACGGUCAGUUUGCAGUGAAAGCUGUCAACCUGGAACCUGGAAAGUCUCCAUACAUGACCGUCCGAUGUGCUGCUUCCACUGUGUUCCAUGUUCGCUCGGAGAAAUCACGAAUGAGACUGGUAAUGGAGAUUGCUAAGCCCGCCGUGGCUCCGGUUACAUUGUGCCCAGAAGACAUGUGGCCCAAUGAGAAGCAGGACGACUGCCUCAUGAAGAAACUUCAGUUCCUGUCCUAUGAAGACAUUAUGGGAGUCUCCUUGGCUGCUGCUUCCAUCUCCUUCUCCAUUUUAACCCUAUCAAUCUUAUGCAUCUUCAGAAAAUUCUCAGACACGCCAGUGGUGAAGGCCAACAACCGAAGCCUUAGCUAUAUCAUCCUUGUAGGACUCAUCGUGUGCUUCCUCUCCUCCCUCAUUUUCAUUGGUUAUCCACUGGGGGUCCUCUGCAUCCUCCGUCAGGUUGUGUUUGGGGUGUCCUUUUCAGUCGUUGUCUCAGGGAUGUUGGCCAAGACAGUCACAGUCAUCCUUAUCUUCCAGUCCACAAAGCCCAACUCAGUUGGCAAAUGCUUUGACUCCAGGUUCUCGAAGGUGGUCAUGUCCAUUGGUCCUUUGCUCCAGGUCAUCAUCUGCACUGUUUGGCUCUGGAAGUCUCCUCCUUACACAGAAUUAAACAUGGUGUCCAAACCUGAUACAAUAAUUGCACAAUGUAACGAGGGAUCCAGCCUCGGCUUCUACUCCAUGUUGGGCUAUAUGGGACUUUUAGCUACAAUAAGCUUCUUUGUGGCUUUUUUAUCUCGGAAGCUCCCGGACAGCUUCAGAGAGGGCCAGUGCAUUAACUUUAGUAUGUUUGUGUUCCUCACUGUCUGGAUAUGUUUUAUUCCGACAUACCUGAGCUCUGAAGGGAAGAACCUAGUCAUAGUUGAAGUCUUUGCAAUCAUGGCAUCCAGUGCUGGUCUGUUGGUUUGUCUAUUCUUCCCAAAAUGUUACAUCAUCCUGUUCAAACCUGAAAUGAACACAAAACAGUAUGUAAGGGGGAAGCAAUGA